CUCGCCGAAAACAUAUUGACUUUUGGAUGCCGCGGCUUCUUCGACAUAUACGGUACUCGUAGAAAAUUAAUUUCCUCUACAGCACAGGUCUGGUGUUGUUAGUCAUCAUAUGGUGUCCAAGCGCUUGUGAAUUAAAUCUCUCGUGGAAUGCACACUCAGUCUCUGUAUCACUUAGUCAUUCUAUUUGAAGAAACUAAGCCGAAAUUAUCAAAAACUAUUUCUUAUCGAUCUCCGUCUUUGCCGUACCCGUUUAUCAUUCGAAAGCCUCUUAAAAAAACUAGACACUCUAACUCAAGCACUUCAGAUACACUCGGUAGCAGACAAUUUAAUAACAUUGUCGUCGAAACUUACAUGAUGAGUAGGGGGUUUCUGUAUAAUAUCACUUUGGUUUUAGAUAAUCCAGAACCGUGGAAUAUUGAGAGAGACAAUGAGAUAAAUUUCUUCUCUGGCAAUCCUACUGUUGAAACUACUGAGGGUAUUAUUCACAUAUAUAAGAACCAGAGAGAAGUUCCUCGAUGUGCUGCUAUCGUUACAAGUACAAUGUUGUGUUUCUUCUCAGUACCAUCUCAUAUAACAGUAAAAGACCUGUUGGUUUUCAUUUCACCUAUGCGUAAUGUGAUAGAAGAGCUGAAAAUAGUAAAAGACUGUACACCUAACCGGUACAUGGCACUUCUUAAGUUUCGUACACCUGAAGAUACCGAUCAAUUUUAUGAUGCUUAUAACGGUAUUUGCUACAAUACUUUGGAGUCAGAAGUGUGUCAGCUAAUGUAUGUGUCACAUGUGGAGAUCACACAUCCUUCUACAGGUGUUGCAUUUCCUACAAAAGAUCUAAGAGAAUUACCUUCCUGCCCAGUAUGCUUAGAACGUCUGGAUGAACCUGUGCAAGGGAUUCUGACUACAAUUCUGUGCAAUCAUACAUUCCAUGAUGAAUGCAUUUCACGAGUAGAAGAUACAAUUUGUCCAGUUUGUCGUUAUGUUCAGUCACCUGAAAUGCUUGCUGAUGGUCAGUGUGCAGACUGUGAUAUUAGAGAAAACUUAUGGAUUUGUCUUAUAUGCGGUCAUGUUGGCUGUGGACGAUAUGGUCAAAAGCAUGCACAACUGCAUUUUGAAGAGACAGGGCAUACAUUUGCUCUAGAGCUUGGCAAAACUUUAGUAUGGGAUUAUGCUGAUGAUGCUUACGUUCAUCGGUUGGCUGUUAACCAUGAAGAUGGGAAGUUAGUUCAGCUUGGUCCAAGUAGUGAAACUGGUAGUAAAAAAUUAGACAUGCUUAGCAUGGAAUUUAGUGCUAUUCUAACAAGUCAAUUAGAAUCACAACGCGCCUAUUUCGAAGCACAAUUAGAUUUGAUUACAACUCAAUCAAAUGAACGUAUUGAAGAAGUUGAGGCUAGAGCUGAAAAAGCUUUGUCAGCUGCACGUUCAGCUGAAGGGAAGUUAUCUGAAGUUAUUAAAGAGAAUGGUGUAUUGAGUCGUAAAUUACAACAAGCAACAUCAUUAGCACAACGUUUACAAAAAGAGUUAGAAGAAGAGAGAGCAUUAAAUAAAAGUUUACUUUUGAAUGAAAAACUUGGCGUGAAAGAACAGAACAAGCGGAAACAGAGGCAAAAACAGCACGUGAAGAAUGUCGUGAAUUACUAUUAAAUUUAGAAUUACGUGAUAAAUUAAAUGAGCUGGGUACAAAUGAAGAGUUAACAAAAGAUGAACUUGAGAAUUGUGAAAUUUCAAUACAACCAGGAAAUUCACAUAAAUCAUCACAGAGAAGACGAAAAAAGCGUUGAGAAAAAAAAAGCUGACACACACACACAUUCAUGGAUAAAGUAUUAUCUCGGGCGUUUAUUCGUUGUCUUAUUUUUGUUUGAACUAAACAAAUAUCACGACAAUACACAGACACACACACCUACAGACAGACGCAGAGUUACUCUCGGCUUCUUUUUGUUCCUUAUUUUCUUUCUUGUCAAAAAGAUGAACCUAUUAUUAUUAUUAUUAUUGUAUGCGCCUUUAUUCUUUACUUCCAGUUUCUUUUGAAUACCAGUUUAUUCAUCAUUAUGCUAAGAAAUGAAGCAGAAAAGAGGAAGUGUGUAUUCGCUUAUAUAAUAAUGCGCAUGCUUAAUAAUUGUGUUUUGUAUAAUUUCUUCUUUUUUUUAAAAAAUUUUUUAUUUGUUGUGUUCAUCAAAAUUGUACAUUUUUUCUCUUGUGUAUAUUUAAAAAGAAAAGAUUAAUUAAUAA